CUUUCGUAAUAAGCUGUUGCUCAGAAUGGAACGCAAAAUAAACAGAAGGGAAAAGGAAAGUGAGGACAAAUGCCACAAUUUACAAGACGGAGAUCAAAGUACAAACUGCAAAACGGCUCUUGUCACCCUCAAUGUUGGUGGAUAUCUGUAUAUCUCACAAAAACAGACACUGUCCAAGUAUCCAGACUCAUACCUUGAAAGUGUGGUAAACAGGAAGAUCUUUUGUCCAAUUGAUGCAGAUGGACAUUACUUCAUUGACAGAGAUGGGCUACUGUUUAGACAUGUUCUGAACUUUCUGCGAAAUGGAGAACUCUUAUUACCUGAGGGCUUCCAAGAAAAUAACCUUUUGGCACAAGAGGCAGAUUUUUUUAAGCUCAAGGCAUUGACUGAAGCUGUCAGAGUCAGGUGGGAGAGAGAGCAGCAGGCUGCACGAGAAACAACUUUCCUGGAAAUAACAGAUAAUCAUGAUCGCUCACAGGGUCUGAGAAUCUUUUGCAAUGCCCCUGACUUCAUAGCAAAAAUUAAAGCUCGCAUUGUGCUGGUUUCUAAAAGCAGGCUGGAUGGGUUUCCAGAAGAGUUCAGCAUUUCUUCAAAUGUAAUUCAAUUCAAAUAUUUCAUCAAAUCAGAAAACGGCACAAGGCUUGUACUCAAGGAAGACAAUACGUUUGUGUGCACCUUGGAUACUCUUAAAUUUGAAGCCAUUAUGAUGGCUCUAAAAUGUGGCUUUCGGCUGCUGACAAGUCUGGAUGGUUCAAAGGGGUCAAUUGUUCAGAGCGAUGCACUUCAUUUCAUCAAGUAAUUAUUUCCUUCAUUAAACAAUGAGGUAGAGCCUGCAGCCAACGCUCAUUAAACUGCAGCUCCCUGCCUUGCAAAAUGUUACCUUACAAAUAGAAAAGUGCUUCACUGACAAUGAAUAAAUGUGAGCCAAUGGUAUGUACAUUUCACCUACAAUGACGUUUAACUCCCGACUUACUCAUAUGCUGCACAAAACACUACUCUUUGUUUAAAAACAAACUAGUGAUUUCCAAAAGACAUCAUUGUAAAUAAAAUAGUGUUAUGCUGCCAAUAUGAAUAAUUACAGGUCAUUUACUGCUCUUAUUCUCCUAUAUAAUAGGGCUGAUCUUUUUAUGCACGUGCAAGAGUCGUACACAUGUAUUUUUCCAGCUUAGGUAAAUAAAGCCAAGCAAGCAGGUCUCUACAGAAAUCUGAGCUAGCAACGUUUUAAAGCACCAGGUCUCCGCUUUGAAAGAAUGAAGAAAUAUAUAUACUGUGAAACCCUUCAUCUUUUAAGACAGUCUGCAAUUAGUGUCAUCCCAAUAAUGAAUACUUGUUUUUUAGAGCAUGCUUUUUUUCACUCAAAUUGAUGAUGAUGAUAAUAAUAAGUGAUAUUGGUAUUUAAUAGAAGGUGUAGCAAUGCUGUAUAGACUACAGAAACUGAUAUAAUAACGAAAGACUACUUAGAUAACUAUUUUUCUGUGCAUGAAUUAAUAAAUAUUAGAGCGUUUCACU